GUCGGAAUACCUCCUGAUUUUACUAUAAUUAGGCCAAGUGCGUUCUUGACAACAGUCUGAACAAGUGAUUUUAUUUUUAAGAUAUAUUGUAAUAUGUAAAUCUGGAGAUUUAAGAAUGGCGAAAGUAAUGGACCCGCAUAUUGCGGCCAUCAUGGCUCAAUAUAACACUCCACCAGGGGAAGAAAAAUCACAGGAACAGGUGCCAGAAGAAAAUAAAAAACCAAAACCCCCCACAAACUAUGAGGAGUUCAUGAAAGUGGAAGGACUGGAGGAAUGGCCCCAGAGGCUGACCUCUGAGGGAGCUUUGGAUAUUUCUGAUGAGGCGUUUCUGCUAGGAUCUCAGGAAGAUAUUGCGGCCAUUCUCCGGGAGUCGGCACCGCUGGGUCUGCACAUGUUGGAGGACCUGGAGAAUCGAUUGGACCAAUUAGAGGACAAGCUGAGGUUCUACGCCGACCAGGUCGUUACCGAGGAGAAAAAACUUCAAAAGGAGGAGGACAUUCCUUACGGAGUCAGUCGAGCAUUUAUAACACAGAUGGCUGAAUCUGAUGCUGUUAAAAGUCACCAUAGUGCUCGAGGGAGGAAAACCAUGAACAAGGAGGACUCGGAUCUGGUGGAAACAAUGAUAGAGACCAGAAAGAAGAGCAUGGACUACUGUCAGUUCCCGGGAUUCCGGCAUGGAGAGCUGAUAGAACUCCCAGGACAACUGGAGUCCCCACCCAUACUUCACAGAGUCACCAAGGCCCAAAACUUUAAUCCUGGAUUUCGAAAGUUUUGGAAGAAGUUGUUUUUGUCGGAGGCAUCUGUGGCGGUGAUGCAGGACACCUUUUGGUGGUUCUUCCUGAACCGCUUCGAUCCAAAGAAUGUGGAUGAGAGGAACCUUUUGUACGACAGGAUAGCGGACAGCUUUGUUGGUCUGUUUGCCAGUAUUCACAAAGAUGUCAAGGACAAAUUUUUAUCGGUAUACCCAGACUGCCUUGCCCAAGCAAUAUAUAUGGCCUAUUGGACAGCUUUCCCUGAGUCCCAUGCUAAAAUGGAUGAGACUUUCAAACAAGACUUGCUCAAUGUGGUUCAUGAAUGGGUGACAGGUUUGAAGCCAGUUCCUGGAACAUGGAGGACUUGGAACAUUCAGAAAAUGGAGGCUAAGGCUCCUAAGGGGCUGGAUCGAGAAUCAAAUCAGGCGACCACAAGAUUGAUGCAGGCAGCUGCUCUCAAUAAAGAAAUGAAUCUAAGCCUAGACAUGGACUCCUUCAACAAAAUGAUGGCUGCUCUGGGAGGAAACACGACAGGCCCCUCGUCCACUGUUAGCCCCAUCCCCCAGAAUGUCUCCCGAGAGGCCACGAAGCUGACCACGAUGACAAACUUCACAAACAUGACCAAUGGGCUGUCCGUGGCGUCCCAUAACUUUAACCCACUUCCUGUGGCUCCGUCCCAGAGUUCCAUGUCAAGGUUGGCGACUUGUGGAACAGCCGCCCACAGGGUGGAGAAAAAGGAGUCCCAUCAGCUGGGCCCAGGACCAGAUUAUGAGCGGGUUCUCUUUAACACCAGCGGUCGCAGUCCACUGAUUUCACACUACCUUCAUCUAAGACAGCUACGGGAUUUCAAUCAACCGGGCAAAAAAGUCCGACGAACAGAAAUUGCUGCCAUGCCUCCGCCUGGGCCCACCUAUAAACAGCUGAUAGAAACCCGCAAAGCCAUGUCUGAGGCCCUCAAGAAGGAGUACGAAAAAAUCUGUGAUCAGACUCAUAAAGACAUCAUGGACAUAGAAAGAAAGAGAAUAAAGACGAAUCGUGAGAUCAGCAACAUCACUCGGGAGCUGAUGAUGACCAAGAACCCGCUCGACAUCAAAAUCCUGAGUGAACGCGUCAUGGCAAUAAAGGAAAACAAAGAUCCAAUCUUACUGAAGAAACUAUACAAAAACAUGAAGGUUAUCGAGGAUCGGGAUCAGGAGAUGUCUUUGUUGGAUAAAGACUCCGACACUGGUCUGGUGGACCCACUCCACGGCCAGGAGGAAGAGGAAUGAUGGGAUACACGCGGUCAGCGAGCUGUGAUAAGGGAAACAACUCCAAACAAUUAAAGCUGAUUGAUCACCUGUACACGGCAGUUCCUUUGUUAACUGAUGUUUCUGUGAUAAAAUGUGUUUUCAAAAUGACAUUGUAUACAUGUUAUGUAUUGUUUGUAUGAGAUUUCUGACAUUCAAUAAACAAAUUAUUAAACAAGA